UGACGUUAAUUUUUCUUAACGUGAUGACGUAAACAACACGUUUUUUUCUUUGGUACGUAGGACGUCCAGCGGUUCAAAGAGGAAGGAAGAUGGCGGACAACAAAGGCGAAGAGGAUAUGGAGAGCUCUUCCAAAUUAGAUUCAGAACCUCAGAGAGAGGAUAGCGGAGACCCCGAAUUGAAAGAUGUGAAUGCCUUGAUUGUCACAGAGCCCAAUUUGAAAGAAGGAGGAGAUUCACAAUCCCAGGAGAAUGUUUCCCUGGUGCCGACACCCACCAACGCUAGCGGAGGAGGGGACGAUAUCAGCAGCAACGCUGGCGCAGGGGAAGAAAGCAGCACUAUCAGCAGCCCAGCUGGGAACACAAAUGGGGGGACAACCGACUCUGCUGGUGACACUGCUGGAACUUCACCAACACUUACUACCGAAAUGUCCCCCCCACCCACGGUUCCGCCAGUCAACCCUGUCAUCCCAAUAAACCUUAUGGAUACGUGCGCUGUGUGUAAACAAAGUCUCCAGACCCGUGACUGUGAACCCAAACUCUUACCGUGUCUUCACUCAUUUUGCCUGAAAUGUUUACCCGAGCCUGAGCGCCAAGUUACCGUACAGGUGCCCGGGCCGCACGGACAGCCAGAAACCCAUAUAGUGAAUGUCAUGCGGUGCAUAGUUUGCUGUCAAGACUACAAACAGAGUGACAUCAUUGACAACUACUUUGUCAAGGACACCACUGAAGCUUCCAACACUUCAGAUGAAAAAUCUGCACAGAUGUGCACCAGUUGUGAAGAUAACGCAGAUACCAUAGGGUUCUGUGUAGAAUGUGGAGAGUGGUUGUGCAAGACUUGCAUUGAAGCUCACCAGAGGGUCAAAAUCACCAAGGAUCACAAGAUUCGCAAAAAAGAGGACGUCUCGGAGGAGUCUGUAAGUGCGUCAGGACAGAGGCCUGUGUUCUGUCCCAUUCACAAACAGGAGCCCCUGAAACUUUUUUGUGAAACCUGUGACACGCUCACCUGCCGGGACUGCCAACUUCUGGAGCACAAGGAGCACAGGUACCAGUUUCUGGAGGAGGCAUUCCAGAACCAGAAAGGUGUCAUCGAAACACACAUGGCAAAACUACAGGAGAAAAAGACCUAUGUCCACUAUUCUCACUCUCAGGUCACAAGCAGGAUAAAGGAAGUUAACGAGACUCAUAAGAAGGUGGAGCAUGAGAUAAAGAUUGCUGUGUUCACUCUUAUCAAUGAAAUCAACAAGAAGGGCAAGUGUUUACUGCAGCAGCUUGAGAGUGUUACUAAGGAGCGGAGCAUGAAGCUGUAUUCACAACAGACAGACAUUGCUAACCUGGCCAGGCAGAUCCUUCACGUGCUCAACUUCACCCACUCUGCCCUCAGUAGUGGCAGCAGCACUGCCCUGCUUUACAGCAAGAGGCUGAUCAUCUACCAGCUGCGCAAGGUCAUAAAGGCUGGAGUGGAUCCAGUGCCUCAGGCCAACGGUGCUGUUCGCUUCUUCUGCGAUCCCACCUUUUGGGCCAAGAAUGUGGUCAACCUAGUAGGGAACCUGGUGAUUGAGAAGAUGCCCCAGGCUCAACACCCUCCUAACAUAAUGGUGGGACCUAUCUCCCCGGGCCAUGGCCAUCCAGGCCACAGCAAACACCCGGGACAGAUUAACCUGGCACAGCUGCGGUUACAGCACAUGCAGCAGCAAGCCUUCGCCCAGCAGAAACAACAGCAGCAGCAUCAACAGCAACAACAACAGCAACAACAACAGCAGCAACAGCAGCAUCAGCAGAGGAUCCAGGAGCAGAUGCGUAUGGCCUCACAAAUGUCCCAGCAGCACCCUAGGCAGGCUGGCCCGCAGAUGGUACAGCAGCCCCCACGCCUCAUCAGCAUGCAAGCCCUGCAGAGGGGCCCCAUGAAUGGCGGUCCCCACAUGUACCCCCCACACCAUUUGCGCCUGGCCCCAGGACAGGGCCGCAUGCCCAGCCCCAGUACCCAGCCACGCAUGCCCAACGGCCAGCAGUACCCCCCCAUGAUGCAGCCUCAGCUGCAGAGACAGAUGACUGUAGAUUCUGAGAUGAGCCACCACAGGUUUCGUUUGUCACAUCUCACAGGGCAUUCAAACCCUGGUCAUGCUGGAGGACCCUUCCCAGUGGCGUCUCUCCACAACGUGAGCGCAGCCAACCCCACCAGUCCCACCAGUGCCAGCAUGGCCAGCGCCCAUGCCCACCGGGGUCCUGCUAGCCCUAUAGUGAGCGCCAUUGAGCUCAUUCCCUCAGUCACCAACCCAGAGAACCUUCCCUGUCUACCAGAUAUUCCCCCUAUUCAGCUGGAAGAUGCAGGCUCCAGCAGCCUGGACAUCCUCCUGAGUCGCUACAUCUCAGCCAGCGCAUACCCUCAGCUGGGGGCUUCCAUGGAUAUGAACCCUUCUCCCGGACCUUCCACACACUCGCCUGGCUCCUCAGGCUUAUCAAAUUCCCACACGCCUGUGAGGCCAUCCAGCACAUCUAGCACAGGAAGCCGGGGCAGCUGUGGCUCUGCAGGUAGGCCUGGGCAAACCACUGCCCCAAUCGAACAGCUUGUCAAAGUGAAGCAGGAGCCUGGAGCUGAGGAAGAGUGUGGCUUCUCAGGGAAGACCUCUAAUGUCAAAACGGAACGAGGGAAGGAUGGAGGGAGGAGCGCCUGCAUGAUGAGUAGUCCAGAGAGCAGCCGGACUCCCCCUCUUAAUGCAGCGGGCUCCGUGGCUACUGGUUCCUCAGUCCGUGAUGUCCUCAAGACGUUGGGGGAACAUGUGAAAACCGAGGCCCAGGACCAAGAGACCUGCAGUGGCGCCAAUGGGACUGGCACUGUCCCAAUCAGCAGCGCAAGCUCAUCAGCUAAGGCCUCAGCCUCCCCGCUGACCAAUGGCAAGGGAGCCGCAUCGGCUGCCCUGCGCUCGCCACGCACUUCGCAGGGUUCCAACCAGAGUGGGACAGGGGGGAAGGAGGAUGACCCCAAUGAGGACUGGUGCGCUGUGUGCAACAAUGGGGGAGAGCUGCUGUGCUGUGACCGCUGCCCCAAAGUCUUCCACAUCACUUGUCACAUCCCCACCUUGAAGUGCUCCCCAAGUGGAGAGUGGAUGUGCACAUUUUGCCGGAGCCUGGACAGCCCGGAAAUGGAGUAUGAGCCUGAUGACGAGCCUCGCAACAAGGAAAAGAGUGACCAGGGCCUGAGUCCUGAGGACCAGAGGAGGUGUGAGCGCCUCCUGCUGUAUGUUUUCUGCCAUGACCUUAGUGAAGGGUUUCAAGAGCCUGUUCCUCCCUCUAUCCCUAAUUAUUACAAGAUCAUCAAGAAACCCAUGGACUUAACCCUGGUUAAACAGAAGCUGCAGUUGAAGCACACCCAGCACUACCAGAGCCCCAAGGAGUUUGUCUCAGAUGUGCGCCUGGUUUUCAGCAACUGUGCCAAGUACAACGAGAUGUCUCGAAUAAUCCAGGUAUAUGAUGAGGAGAAACAGAGUAAUGUGCAGGCGGACUCGGAGGUGGCGGAGGCGGGAAAAGCUGUAAGUUUAUACUUUGAGGAGAGGCUGCUGGAAAUGUACCCAGGGGAGAGUUUUCCCGAAGUACCAGAGGAUCCAGAGGCCCCAGCUGCAGAGGGUGAGGAGGCAGAUCUCACAGAAGACUCAGAAGAUGAGUUUGUGCAGCCUAAACGCAAGCGGUUAAAAAUUGAUGAAAAGACAAUGCACAUCAAGUGAGAAUCAUUGUAAAAAAGAUGAAAAGAAAAGUUUGUGAAAGUGAAAGGAUUUUGUCUUCCCCAUCUCUCACGCUUUUUCCU